AUGCUGUCCUCCAUUGGGCGCGCAGCAGUCAGGAGAGUGGCUGCGCGUGGUCCCCAAUCAACAAACCAAGCUCUCCAAAGCUCCCGACUCCGACGCGUCGAAAUCACCCAGGGCAAUGUCUCAACUCAAAGUCGAUCCCCGCUCAACCUCCAACGCUCUUAUGCUACCGCUACCAAAGUCGUUGCGAAGCCGAACCCGAAAACUAUAGCCAAAGCCAAGUCAAAGGCGCAGACGGUACCAAAGAAAGCUGUUAAGAAAGCUGUCAAGAAGCCAGUGAAGAAGAAGGUCGCCAAGAAGCCAGCAGUCAAGAAGUCAGCGAAGAAGGUCUUGACCGACGCGCAGAAAGAAAAGUUGAAGGUGGCCAAAGCCCGAAAACAGCUGCGGGAAUUGAAGAAAACAGCUCUCAGUAUCCCCACGGCCAAACCUCACACAGCUUGGCUCAUAUUCUUCUCUCAAGAACUCAAGAAGGAUCCCGGCAGUGGUUCCGCUAAAUGUCUUGAGAUCUCCACCAGGUACAAUAACUUGAGUCCCUCGGAAUUGGAGCCAUUAAAUCGAAUCGCUGUUCAAAACCAGGCAUACAACGACGCCCAGUACAAGCAAUGGGUUGCAUCGCAUACCACUGACGAGAUCCGCCUAGCUAACAAUGCACGAGCGUCGUUGAAGUCGCUUACUGGCAAGAAGUGGCCCCAUAUUGAAGAUCCGCGUCUACCAAAGCGGCCUGCCUUGCCUUGGUCGUUGUUCAUAGCUGAACGAUGGGCUUCUGGGGAUCUCAAGGGAAUCAGAGUCAAGGAUUGUUUACCAAGUCUGCGGAAGGAGUGGAACGCCUUGGACCCCAAGAAACGUCAGGCCUACGAAGACACCUUCGCGGCCAACAAGGAGCAAUACCUGAAGGAUUACAAGAAGGCAUUCGGCCGUGAUGCCCCUAUCGUCCUGAAGGCGCAGAAGAAUGAGAAUUGA